UGUUCAAACACCUAGAGAAGUAUAUAAUCUCGUAGGUGCCGCCGGUGCUUCACUCUUGCAUUAUUGAUCUUUUUCUUUCAUUCUUCUAUUCUUUCCCCUUAGAAAAUUAUCCAGAAAUAGAAACAUUUAAGAGAAAAGCAAACCACGCCAUGCACGACCCGUCAGCCUUAAGAUCGACUUGCUCCACUCCCCGCAACAAAAGUCCCUGCCCUAGCUCUCGUUCCAGCUCUAGCUCCAGCUCUAGCUCUGAUCCUAGCAGCAUCGGCAGCGAGCCAAGAGACAACCCCCAGACCCCUCGUCUAAGCGACCAACCACAGCCCGAGCCCGGCCCCGGCCCCGGUGACGAUACCAUCCACGAGGCAACGAUGAAAAUGAGCCACAAGCCCGCAAAAACGUUUGCGGACCUGCCCCCCGAACUACGUGCCCUCAUAUGGGAGCACGCCCUCCCCGAGACGCGGGUGUUCAACGCGCUCGUCUACGCCUCGACCGGGCUCAAGAUGCAGCUGCUGGAGAGGAGCCGCCUGCGCAUGCCGCUGGCGCACGUGUGCUUCGAGUCGCGGCAGCUCGUCAAGAAGGCCGGGUACGUGCUCGCCUUCCGCGACGAGGGCCAGCCCGACGACCCGGGCGUCUGGUACAACCCGCGCCGGGAUGUCAUCGAGAGGACGAUAUGGACUUGUUCCGAUUUCUGGGGCUGGGAUGACCUGAAAUAAUAGUCGAAAGGUGGAUGAGCGAAGUCGGAAUUGAUAGGAUAUGAAUGAGUUCGUACCUGAUAUGCGCGCAAUUACCUACCUCCUUAACUCAGCUUAUGGUCUGUUGGGAUACAGCGUUAAAAGAGUUUUUUU